AAAAAUAAUUAUCUACGAGUUUCAAGAAAAUUAGUUCAGUAUACACUGAAAUGACAACACGCUACUUCUGAAUCACCCUUUCGUUAAACAUUUUACCAAUCUUAGAACACCUAGAACUGAUGACACUAUGUCAUCGACUUGUCAUUGCUUACGAUACGCUAAUAGUUAUCCAAUAAUAGAAUUCCUUACAUAAAACACCAUGUGUAACGCGAGUAGGCGAUCAAACUGUAUUAAAGGUACGGGCAUUGACUAUUCAGUCUUACACCGUGAUAAGCGAACAUCCGUUGGAUUGUUGAUUUCAAGAGGGGUGGGCAGACAGCAAAACAUUAUAUAAUCACCUCUCUUGGAAGUCAACUUCCUUACUUAACUGGGACUACUGGAGGGCAGUUUUAGUUCGCCACGCUUGCAACUUACGGAGACACAUCGAGGAGUAUAAACUGGGACACGAUCUGAAGCUUAGUUUUGAAAAGCAAUUAUGAGCUACAGGAUCUCGGUCAUUGUCUCCUAUGACGAAUAAGCCUGGGUUCCAGCGCCACCUAUUUGCCAACUGACGAACAAGAGUCCGAUGUCGCCGAGUUCCAUAUUCCAAUAAGAGUGAAAUGUUUCUAUGAAUCGUACACCAACAAACAAACAAAUUAGAAGAAAUAAACGAUAUCAUUGAGUACCUGUAACAGUAGAAACUACUUGGGUUGUCGAUUGAGAGGAUAUGCUGAACAUGAGGAAAUACUUGAUUAACUUAUUAAGAUCACAAACACUACUGCUGCACAUACUAUUAUUGCUGACUUUAACGUGUCACAAAGUAAAUGGCGGAUUUGAUCAUACCUGCAAUUACGAGUCUCAGAGGGAAGGUCCAGUGUCUACUGGUAUGUGCGGCUCCAACCUAGGAUUCAUCAUCAACUUGUAUUGCAGUAACUUUGGUGGUAUUUAUGGGGGCACCGGCAACGGUAAACGAUCCAUUCAAACCAUACCUUUAGAUAACGACAUGAUCACAACGAGAUAUUUGAAUAACUUGGAGCCCAAACCUUCUUUCAGGAGUCACUUUAGUAUAAGCAAACGUACCGCCCAGACAUUUCUCACCAAGAGGUUUUCAAAGAAGGGAGUUGUCUGCGAGUGUUGCUAUCACCAAUGCAGACAGCGGGAACUGAGAAAGUUCUGCAAGAACUAAUUUUGAAAUAAGCGGGAACUUAAAGGCCCCGUCUCAUUAUUUGACAUCUUCGCUCACUCGGCUCCCGUCGGUCUGAACGCAGGGAAGACCGAGCGUGCGAGGAUGAUUACUUAAUUGAUAAUUUCAAAAAUAAAACGACUGUAUUUUA